AUGAGAAUCAUCACACAGUUGAGUCUGCUGGCAAGCCUUGGUGUAGCUGCGAGUGAUGUUCAUCCUCGGACCAAAGCUGCACCUAAAUGCACCAGUCCAGCUUCGACUCUGUCACUGACAGAUCUUCCGUACCACAAUUAUUUCUACUCCGAUUGCAAUGUCGCUGCUCAGGCAGUGGUAACCACUCCGCAGCCCGACAGCGACCUUUCGAUCAUCGGUCCGCGACUAAUCGUUGCUUGGCCAGCCGGCGAUAGCGGUGCAUGCAUGUUCUUUGAGCCGCAUAGUAGUGCUAAUGGCACACUCGCUAUAGAGCUGGUCAAUUCAACCAUCGGCACUCCUCUGGGCCCGGUAUACUCCGCUCCAAAGUCACCAAGCAAAUAUCCCAGUGUUGGUAUUCAGGGUGUUCUUCGCUUGAACACCACUGCAACUCUCAACCUCUCCAUCUUGGGAAGUAUACGUACUAUCCGAGACUUUGUCGAAGGACCUAGCCUUCUACACCCGGAGUUCCAGGACACUCUCAGGUUCACCUCUGAUAAUACAGGCGUGUCGCUGCAAAGAACAUGGCUGGAUAAUGUCACGACGACAAACUUGAAAUUUAAACCUUUUGGUAACUCAUCUUCGAAAAACAAUGGCCAAGUCAAGCUAGCGAACAAAACCAUCACCUUCGAAGCGGGAGAUUACAUCCUCUCGGCGGAUAUUAACUAUCCCCAAUUGACGGCACUCGAGCCUAAGUCUGUGCUCAACGCAGCUUCCGCGAACCUGACAACGGAAAAGCCUGCUCAGACUGCAGCGCUGUCAUUCCUUUCCUACUCGGAAAAGGUUAUGGCUGGUGCAUGGCGCUUCUUUACUUACUUUGGUCGAGACUCCAUGAUUUCAGCACUAUUGCUUGAGCCUGUCUUGAGCGAUGGCAAGGGAAGUGCUAUGGAGGCUGUUAUUGGUGCUGUUCUAGAGCGCGUCAACAGAACAGAUGGGACUGUUUGCCAUGAGGAGACUAUCGGGGACUAUGCAACAUGGAUAAAUGCACAGAAGAAUAUCAACAGCACCGCGAUGGGUUGUGAUUAUAAGAUGGUUGACACGGAUUACUUCCUCCCGGUUUUGAUGGAGCGUUACCUGGUACAGAAUCCAGCUGGGAAGAAUAGAUCAUCUGCCUUCCUCAAUACCACUGCAGGAUCCAUCAAUCCCGCAAAUGCAAACCUGACAUGGGGCGACCUUGCCUUGAUCAGCUCGGAGAGAGUGAUGCGUCUUGCUCGUCCCUUCUUCCUCAAUCAGACAAGGGCUAAUCUCAUUCGCCUUAAUGAGGGCGAGGUAGUUGGAGAGUGGCGGGAUAGCACAUACGGUCUUGGCGGCGGUCGAAUCCCCUACGAUGUGAACACAGCUCUCGUCCCUGCUGCCCUGCGUGCAAUUGGCACUCUUGCUAGAUCAGGUCUCUACACUAAGCAGCGACACUGGUCCACCCUGGCCGACAAAUAUGCUAAAGUAUGGGAAGACUCAACACUUUCCUUCUUCGCUGUCGAAAUUCCCAAGGAAAAGGCCCAUUCCCUCGUGAAGAGCUUUGCCAACGCCUCUUUCCCCGGCCCUGAUCAAGCAUCAAGCAUAGACGAUGAUGUUCACUUCCAUGCAGUGGCUCUAGAAGGCGGCAACAAUCUGUCGAAAGUGGAAGUCAUGAACACAGAUGACUGCUUCCGCCAUUUCCUUCUGAACACCACAACUGACGCCCAACUCACUCCAUUCUUGAACCAAUCUGCCAAUAACAUCAAACGCACUUUCCCAGCUGGUUUGAUGACAGAUGCUGGAAUGAUCGUUGCCAAUCCUGCAUUUGGCGAGGAUCCCAUCUAUGCAAAGAACUUUACCACAGGCGCCUAUCAUGGAACUGUCAUUUGGUCUUGGCAGCUUGCUAUGAUGGCUAAAGGAUUAGAACGACAACUUGACAGAUGUGAGGUCGAGUCUAACUUCUCCAUUACUUCUCGGAUCAGAGGUCAUCAAGGAGCUCAUAUCCAACCAGUCCCGGCCUUUUGUACCGAUGAUUAUGUCUAUGAUAAUGUCAAGGAGGCAUAUAAUACUCUAUGGGAUUCUAUUGAGGCUAACGCGGAUCAACUUUCGGGCGAAGUCUGGUCUUGGGUAUAUCGUGAUGGGAAAUUUGUCACUACACCCUUGGGGGUACUGCCUGCGCCACCCGGGGUUGGAGGUCAAACUGAAUCUAAUAUUAGACAACUGUGGUCCCUUACUUUCUUGGCUGUUAACAGGAACGAGGUCUACCGGUGA